GGUUAUUCCGAAGUUGUCCAGCCCAAUUAUGAGGGCUUCAGUUAAUUUAGAGUCUGCGUUUAUUGAGUGAAAAUUACUGAGAUUCACCGAGGGACGGCUCAAAGUGAAAGGAGAGUAUGGAGAAAAUAUUUUUUCAUGAAUGAAUUCAGUAGGUUUGACAUAGAUGAAUACUUGAAUCGACGAAAAAGAGAUGUGCUUUCAGCCCAAGACCCCUUCUUGCUAAAUGAAUAUAUAUAUAUAUAUAUAUAUAUAUAUAUAUAUAUAUAUAUACUGAGAUUGGUUAUUCCUCUCAUUCUCUUCUAUCUCUGCCUUUUCUUGAUUGUUCUGCUAUUUUCGUUUACUUUCUUUUUCUCACCUCUCUAUUGUUGAUCGAAUAGCUGUGUUGAGUUGUUUGAUUGAUUAUUGUCGAUUCAAGCGCAUCACAGCCCACAGAUUAUUCCUCCAUAAACACUGUGUUCUCCUCUCCCCUUCUGCUUUCUUUUUUCUCAUUUGCGAGAGAAAGAAAAUGCAAGGCGAAACCAAAGGAAUUUCAACUUCAAAUAGCAAUUGAAAUUCUUCUAGAAGAGAAAUUAUGAAAACCGAUAAAACGAAGCAAUGAAAGCCGUAUCAGGGAAGAUAAAACACAUAAGAACUUCACCUUCUUCAUUAUCGUGGUCUUAUUCUCUAGCUCCUCUUGCCUCCCGUACUAACCCCAGAAACCCGCCUUCAUCAACUCUGCUAGAUGAAUUCAUAAACUUCUGCUAUCGAAGGGACCUUCCCAGGGCUAUGAAAGCCAUGGCUGCCAUGGAAAGGCACGGUAUUUAUGCUGAUGCAAUCACCUACUCUGAAUUGAUCAAGUGUUGCUUAGCCCGCAACGCUGUUGAACAAGGCAAGCUCGUUCACAAGCACGUUUUUUCUAAUGGUUAUCAACCAAAAACGUUUCUUUUCAACAUUCUCAUCGCUAUGUUUGUUAAGUUUAACUUAUUAGAGCAAGCGCAGGCAUUGUUCGACCAAAUGCCUGAGAGAAAUGUUGUUUCUUGGACGACAAUAAUAUCUGCUUAUGUUAAUGCUAAACUAAGUGACAGGGCGUUGGAAUUCUUUGUUUUAAUGCUUAGAGGAGGCGUGUUGCCUAAUAUGUAUACGUUUUCUUCGGUUUUGAGAGCGUGUAAUGGGUUAGUCAAUCUUAGGCAGCUUCAUUGUGGCAUAAUUAAGGUGGGUUUAGAAUCUGAUGUUUUUGUUAGGAGUGCUCUUAUUGAUGUUUACUCAAAAUUGGAUGAGUUGAAAGACGCAAUUUGCGUUUUUAAUGAAAUGGAAACUAAGGACUUGGUUGUUUGGAAUUCUAUUAUUGGAGGGUUGGCCCAGAAUAGUGAUGGUGAUGAAGCUUUGAAUCAGUUUAAGAGGAUGAAAAGAGCUGGCUUUACUGCUGAUCAAGCCACACUAACAAGUGUUUUGAGAGCCUGUACAGGGUUAGCUCUGCUGGAAGUAGGGAGGCAAGUUCAUGUUCAUGUGUUAAAGUUUGAUGUGGAUUUGAUACUCAAUAAUGCACUUUUGGAUAUGUAUUGUAAGAGUGGUAGUUUGGAGGAUGCAAAGUCUGUUUUCGAGCGGAUGGUAUAUAGGGAUGUGAUUUCGUGGAGUACAAUGAUUGCAGGGUUAGCUCAAAAUGGGUUUAGCCGAGAGGCAUUAAAGUUCUUUGAUUUAAUGAAAGCUUCAGGUAUGAAACCUAAUUAUAUAACUAUUCUUGGGGUUCUUUUUGCUUGUAGCCAUGCUGGCCUUGUGGAUGAUGGGUGGUAUUAUUUUAGAUCAAUGAAGAAACUUUACGGGAUUGACCCAGGUAGGGAACACUAUGGUUGCAUUAUUGAUCUUCUUGGAAGGGCCGGCAAGCUUGACGAGGCAGUGAAGUUGGUUCAGGAAAUGGAAUGUGAACCAGAUGCUGUGACAUGGAGAACUUUGCUUGGUGCCUGCAGGGUUCACCGUAAUGUGGAUUUAGCUAUAUAUGCUGCGAAACAAGUUCUAAAACUAGAUCCUGGAGAUGCAGGGACGUAUGUACUAUUGUCCAAUAUUUAUGCAAAUUCUGAGAGGUGGGAAGAUGUCUCUGAAAUUAGGAGGGCAAUGAGAGACAAGGGCAUCAAAAAGGCGCCAGGCUCCAGCUGGAUUGAAGUGAACAAGCAAAUUCAUGCUUUCAUUUUAGGAGAUACUGCACAUCCAAAGAUCAACGAAAUCAACAGGCGGCUAAAUCAGUUAAUUCACAAAUUAAUGGGAAUGGGCUAUGUUCCAGACACUAAUUUUGUUCUGCAAGAUCUUGAGGGGGAACAGAGAGACGACUCACUUCGCUAUCAUAGUGAGAAGUUGGCAAUUGUAUUUGGUUUGAUUAGCUUGUCAACCGGAAGUGCUAUUAGGAUCAGAAAAAACCUUAGGAUCUGUGGAGACUGUCAUACCUUUGCAAAGCUUGUAGCAAAGAUGGAUUGUCGGCUUAUUGUCAUCAGAGAUCCUAUUCGUUACCAUCAUUUUCAGAAUGGAGUAUGUUCCUGUGGUGACUUUUGGUAGCAAGUCAUGAUGUGGUCCAAUGACCCUUUCUAAUCAGUUGCUUUGUUGAAUAAUGGGUUUGAAUUCUAUUCUAUUACAAAUGACACAACAAGUUCCUUUGAAGAAGCCCAGUUGUACAUCAGUAUAUGGGCUAUUGAAAGCAGAGGACAAUCCUAGCAUUCCGUAUUGUUUGUGAUUUUAUGAUUAUAAACAGUUAAUAAAUUGAUAGUAAUAAACACUGCAGACAAUCAUUGAAUCAUCUAUAGUCAUCACCACCACCAAGCAAAACUUUGACAACUUAGAACUGUGAAAAUGAAAUGCUCUGACAGGAAGGAAACAUGACACAUCUCAUCAAGCACGUUCAAAUAGUACAUCAUCCA